GAGUGUCCGACACUCCUUCCACCCAAGACCGGAGAUACCAUCAAUAUGACAGAGGUAGCUGACAACUCAAAUGGCGAUCAUUCCAAGUCGCCUGUCUAUAUCGCAAAGUCCGAAGUUUGUCUAAACGAGCAAGGGGAGCGUGUGGGAGAUGGGCUCUUCGCUGGUGUCGACUUUGGACCAGGUGAACAGGUCACGGCCGUCAAACGACCAAUUCUUGCAUCGUUGGAUACCGAAAGGCUGUCAGAUACAUGUGCGAACUGUUUUGUUUGGACAGAAGGGUCGUCAAUGGGUGCCAGAUUAUAUGUGCCUGAAGGAACCCGCGUGCACGCCUGCGCGGGGUGCCGCAUGGUCCGAUAUUGCAGCAAGAAAUGUCAGAAAGAAGCUUGGACCCGUGUACAUAAGUACGAGUGUAAGAAUCUGCAGCCUUUAGCAAGUAGGGACAUUCCCAAGGCCGUGCGGGCUUGUAUGGAGAUCUUGAUCAGACGGAAACAGGGACUCAUACCGGAUCCAGCUUGGGAGAUGCUCUGUCACCUGAACCCGCAUGUUGAGGACUUCCAGCAAAACGGAAGUUACGCUCAAAUCGAGUUAAUGGCGAUGGGAGCCAGUGCAUUCUCCUUCACAGAGAAUACAUAUUCCAAGGAGAUUGUCGCAGCCAUGUAUGCAAGGGUACUGUCGAACUCUUUGACCCUGAUCACACCCACACUGGAUCCCUUAGGCAUCAUUCUAGAUCCGACACUUAGCCAUAUUAACCACUCCUGUGAUCCAAAUGCAUACAUCAUGAUGGACGGUCCCGAAGUCGCUGUCAGAACAAUCAAGCCCAUCAAAAAGGAUGAAGAGAUAUACAUAUCCUACGUCGAUAACACGAAUCCCUGCUCUCGUCGUCAAAGCGAACUGAAAACACGCUGGUUCUUCACUUGUAAAUGCAGCAAGUGCCAGAAAGGAGCCACACUUGACGAAGACAAAUGGGCAAUUCGUCCAAAGAACCUCGCUAAGAAACACAAAGAAGUUGCCGAUCUUAUCAUACAACACGAAGCGUUCGCGAAAGAUCCUGCAAAUUACGUUGGGGAGUCUCUGGAUGAAAAACGAGUCGCUGCUAUCCAGGGAAAGAGCUUUGCUGAGUAUGAGGACGUGCAGCGUAUUCCAGAUCCCGCAGCAGCUAUGCAGAAAAUUGAAGACGGUAUGCGUCUGUGUCAUCAAUCAAAACUAUGGCCAGUCUAUCGUCAACCAUACGCAGCGUUCCGAGACGAUCUCAUCGUCACGAUGUUCGCUGUGGGAAAGUAUCAAAUUGCAUGGGCGCAAUGUGCAAAGCGGUACAAGUAUAUUAUCGCCAAACUGUACCCAAUCCACUUCCACCCUGUGCGCGUGGUCCAAACAUGGCAAAUGGCGAUGUUGGCGUUGUACCUUGCAGAUACGGAGGGAAUUGUUGGGGCGCCAGAUGUCAAUAUGGGUCUUAUCGCAAUGAUGCUGGUGAAACAAGUUCUGGACGCUUCCCGACUGAGCCAUGGUCCAAAUAGUGCAUUCACACAGAGUGUUCAAAUGAAGGCAGAUGAACUGAGCGAGGAGGUGAGGGCGAGUAUGGAAGAAACUCCGAAUAGGCCAGAUCUGAAUAAGGUGCUCGAAGUACAGCGGGACAUGUUGAGCCAGAUGGGAGACUGGAUACAGUAUUAAGCACGCAAUAACAAUCGAUGUAGCAAACGAAAAGCGUCCCAAAUCUGUACAUAGGCCGAAUGCAAGCGGCUAGAGGUGGUGACAGUACCCCGACUUACUGUUAUCGUUGCUGACCGUUUCGCCUUUCACUUACUUUCACCUCAUCGUGAACAGAGC